AUGGAUAUUGGAGGACUGACCACAGUGGUAGCAAAUUCUGCUUACAUCAAUGCCCGUGGAAGCAUCGAUGGCUCUAAUGCCUCAGCAGCUCGGGAUAAGAAGUACCAUUCUCGCCUCAAACUGCCUCACAUCACUGUGUGCGAGGGCCUGAGGGAAACCCUGGAUUUGGCCUUUGACUUGGUCUGUGUGGAACAACCUAUUGGCAAACGCCUCUUUAGAGAAUUCUUGGAUGCGAAUAAAGAAUAUCAUGGGGUUUGCCGUUUGUGGAAAGACAUCGAGGACUAUGACCUGGCAGAGGAUUCUGACAGGGCAAAGAAGGCCUCAAAGAUUGUCCUGCGUUACAUGGACCCCUCUGCCAAACACUACUGCCCAUUCCUGUCUGAGGACAUCAUAGCUAAGGUGAAGGAAGGCCAGGAGGCUGUCGGGGAUGAUUUGUUUGCUGCAGCAUUGGCCACAACGUUGGACUAUCUGCGGGAGGCCCCCUACAAUUUCUUCUUGGAGAGCAUGUACCUGAAGAGGUUCCUGCAGUGGAAGUGGCUGGAGAUGCAGCCCAUGGAUGCAGACUGGUUCCUAGACUUCCGUGUGCUGGGGAAAGGUGGGUUUGGGGAGGUGUCGGCCUGUCAGAUGAAAGCCACGGGGAAACUUUAUGCCUGUAAGAAACUCAACAAGAAGAGGUUGAAGAAGAGGAAAGGCUAUGAGGGUGCGAUGGUGGAGAAGAGGAUUCUUGAGAAGGUUCACAGUCGCUUCAUUGUGUCGUUGGCGUACGCCUUCCAGACAAAGGAAGAACUUUGUCUGGUCAUGACCAUCAUGAAUGGAGGAGACCUCAAGUACCACAUCUACCUGGUGGAUGAGAACAACCCGGGCUUUGACGAGCCCAGAGCCUGUUUUUACAUUGCUCAGAUUAUCCAGGGCUUGGAGCACCUCCACCAGAAAAGAAUUAUCUACAGAGAUCUCAAACCAGAAAAUGUGCUGCUAGAUAAUGACGGGAAUGUGCGUAUAUCUGACCUGGGUCUUGCUGUGGAGCUCAAAGAAGGCAAAACAAUGACUAAAGGCUAUGCCGGGACACCAGGGUACAUGUCUCCGGAGAUGCUGAAAGGAGAAAAAUAUGACACUUCGGUCGACUACUUCACUCUGGGGGUGACAUUGUUUGAGUUCAUGGCUGCUAAGAACCCUUUCAGAAACAGAGGGGAGAAAGUUGAACGUGAGGAGAUGAAGGAGCGUGUUCUGACACGGGUGGUGGCCUAUCCAGACAAUGUCAGUGAGCAUGCAAAGUCGCUCUGCGAUGGGCUGCUGGCCAAAGAGGUCGACAAAAGGAUGGGUUUUAAGAACGGAUCCUGUGACGAGAUCAGAGCACACCCAUUCUUUAAUGGUAUCAACUGGAGGAAACUGAAUGCAGGUAUUCUACCUCCUCCUUUUGUCCCUGACCCUAAAGUGGUGUAUGCUAAAAGUCUGGAUGACGUUGGAGCUUUCUCCUCGGUGAAGGGGGUGACCUUGGAGGAUCCUGAUAAGACCUUUUUUGAUGAGUUUUCCUCUGGCAACAUCCCCAUCCCCUGGCAAGAGGAGAUGAUCGAGAUGGGUAUUUAUGGAGAACUCAACCUUUGGGGUCCUGAAGGCAGCAUCCCGAACGACCUCCGCAGGGAGUCCAUACUAGAGCAGCCAAAGUCAUCAACCUGCUGCAUAUCGUAG